AUGACUGACGUAGACUUCAGAAUGGGAAGUGACGGCAAUGAAACGGAAGAGGAAGGUUUUGGUGCAACCCAAUUUCUGGAUGAUGAAGAAGUGGAUGAAGAAGUUGGCUCGUCUAAAAUUCCCUCUAUGCCAGAAGAUGAUCCAAAUGGCAAUGUUAAUACAGAAAUGGGUGCUGCUAUUCCCAGAUGGGGCCCUCAGCAUGCUGGAGCCAAAGCGUUGGCUUCUAUGUAUAGCAAAGAAAAACGUCUGCAAGAGCAAAUAUCUGUUGUAAUCGCCUCCAUUUUGUUCGUAUGCGUAUUCAUCAACUUAUUGAGGAGUUGGGACUCGUCAAUAUGGGGAUCAGUACUGAUAUGCGCGGUUCUUGGAGUAAUGACUGCUGAUUUUGCGUCAGGAUUAGUACACUGGGGUGCCGAUACGUUCGGUAGUGUAGAGACGUUUUUUGGUAAGAUGUUUAUUCGGCCGUUUCGAGAGCAUCAUGUAGAUCCUACAGCGAUAACUCGCCACGAUUUCGUAGAGGUUAAUGGCGAUAAUUUCAUGCUCUGCAUACCAAAUCUGGCUCACAUACUUUACCAACAACUCACAUACAGCCAAGAAGAGCUGCGACAAUGGGCAUCUCUCCACUGGUACAUUCUUUUGCUUGGAAUCUACGUCGCUAUGACAAAUCAGAUUCAUAAAUGGUCGCAUACUUACUUCCAUCUUUCAAAGUGGGUUGUGCUUCUACAGAAGGCGCACAUUAUACUGCCUCGAUCUCAUCAUAAGAUCCAUCACAUUGCUCCUCACGCAUGUUACUACUGCAUCACAACCGGCUGGUUGAAUUAUCCAUUAGAGUGUAUCGAUUUCUGGAGGAGAGCUGAAUGGGUGGUGACAACGUUAACAGGAAUGAGACCAAGAGAGGAUGAUCUGAAAUGGGCAACAAAAUUGCAUUAACUCAAGUGAUUGUUGUUUGAACAGAGUUAGACAUCGUGUACAAUUGUAGAGCUAUUUUUUGAACAUUUUAUAAUCUUCGGACCAAAUUUACUUUGUUUUCACAUAUCAAGCUUUCUAGUCUAGCUCACAUUAUUGCUAAAGAUUAGCAGAUUUUUUUGUUUUUCUAAGACCAUAUUGAUUCGAUUAUCAGGCUUUACAUAUUCUUCGCAUGCUGUUGAAGUAUCUACAUCCUACCCCAGAAUCAGUGCAGCCUUCGAUGGGCCUUUAUUUGUGUUUGAGUGUAUAGAAACAUUUUGCUGUUAAUGAUUGAUGUUCAAUGUCCAUGGAAAGUAAAAAAAAA